AUGCCGGCAUUCAAAGAUGAACACAUCCUGAUCAUUGCGCCAGGCUCACAAACCACCCUGGCGCAAUUAGGUCUACCUGAAUCUUUCACGCCUGCAAAGUUCCGCUUCCCAACUCGCAUGUUCCCCGCUGAGAAGAAGGGAGAAUGGGAACCGUUCAAAGUCCGCGAGAAGAUUGUUACAAAAAGUAUGACUGCGCCAACCUCCGCUACCACAGCUGACCCCACUGCGACAAAUAAUGCGCCAACAAAUCAGAGCGCUGGAUCUAAACAGGAUACUGAAAUGAAAGAUGCGGCUGAGGCUGAAGGCACGGCUGAAGGUGCAACUGCAGGAGGCGAAACAGAAGAUGGAAAAGAAGACGGAGCCCAACCAAGCACUGAAAAUGAUCAGGAGGAAACCGCUGCGCUGUCUGGGCAGCCAGAGGAGGAAGAAGUGGCAUACGAGGAGGAUCCAACAUCAGACGAAGGUGCCGUGUAUCCUAUACAAAACGGCGAAAUAGUCGAUUGGCCUUGCUUCUUUGCCCUCCUAUCCCACAUCUUCAAAACCCUCAGCCCGCCUUUCCAUACCCCCAUCAUGUUUAUUGCACAGCCAGUGUGGACCGCACGCGACCGCGAGGUAAUCACCCAGUUUGUUUUUGAGAAAUUUCAGACUCCAGCGUUCUGUCUAAUGGAUUCUGCUUUGGCUGUCUGCUAUGCGUACGGUACUGCGAAUGCCACCGUUAUCGACAUUGGUCAUGGCAAGGCAGACGUCACUGCGGUGACUGAUUUUGCUGUCAAUGAGCAUGGCAGAGGACUGGCAUUGCCCAACUGUGGCGGUGAAGCGAUCACGGACCGGCUGGAGGAAUUAUUGGGCCCCAAGGGUUUCACACGUGAUAUGUGUGAGCAGCUGAAGAAAAGCAGUAUCUGUGAAGUUCUACCCGCGAAUGUGCCUCUUCCGGGAAGUUCGGAGACUACCUCGCAAAUACCAAAUUUGUCAGAUACGUCUAGCACAGUAACGGGGGCCAGUAAGGAGUUGGCGAAGCCUGGCAUCGGCAUUUCAGGCAAGGGGGGAGAAACAACUAAUGGAGCAGGGGACGUGGAAGAGGAUGAGGGCAUUCUUGAUGUUGCGGCUAUCGUCAGCAGCGGUAACACAAGCGAAUUCCUUGCCAGGAGAGAGAGAGAAAAGGCAGAACGGGCAGCCGCUAAGAAAGGGGCAACUGAUGCAACGGGUAAACCAGUCCGGCUGCCUAACUGCAAGAAAGAGAAAGCAACAUUCCAGUAUCAUGAGUUUGUUCGAGUUGAGCCCAAGGACGGGUACACGCAAAACACCACAAGCCAGUAUAUUCGACAGAAACGCGAUAUUGAGGUUGGCAUUGAAAGGUUCCUAGCCUUAACACCCAGUGAGACGAAAUCCAAGGACUUGGGCAAUUAUGGUAUCUUGGAUACACUUGCUGCCCAAAUCCACCACACCAUUCUUUCUGUCCCCGAUGCGCCCAAGCGUAGCGAGCUAUGGGACUCGUUCAUCAUUCUAGGAAAUGGCAGCAUGGUGAAAGGAUUUCCCCAAGCCCUUCUUGCCACCAUAACCCAGAAAUACGUCCUCUCGCCCUCCUCAGGCACAAUAUUCACCUCCGAACUGCCCUCCCAAAUGUCCACACCCCUCCCCACGGGCGGCACAAACACCCCCGCCCAUGUCCAGAAUCCAGGCCUCCUCCACCACCCAGCUGCCCAUGGCGUAAACCCCCUCCUCGUCGCUGCCACUCACGCCAACAACCCCGCAACCCCCAACCACCUCAACUCCAACGAUCCCAAUAACAACGCCGCCGCAGGUGCCCACCACCACCGCUCAACUGGCCACUCGCAAACACCUACCUCCAUCCACCUCCUCAAGCCUCCAGAAUACUUUCCGGAAUGGAAGAAUCAAGGGGGUAGCGCCGCCGCUGGUAGUGGUGGAGUUGUUGCUGCCAGUGGUGCAGGCGCGGCGGGAUCAUCAGGGGCUGUUUUGGCAAAUGGGGUCUCGUUGCUUCCCGGGACAGCGGCGUCGACGAGCGGACAAAAUGUUGGUAUGGAAGAGGCGACGUUUCUAGGCGCGCAAGUUGCGGCAAAAGUGGUGUUUGUUAUUGACCAGGGGCUUAGCAAAGGGUUUUUGAGCCGGGUGGAGUAUAAUGAGGCGGGACCGGGGGGAAUUCACGAUUGUGCUUUGUGA